AUUCAAAUGACGCCGGACGUGCAGCAGGCAUCUGAGGACAGACCAGCCAAGCUCACUGCAAAAUGGCGAACCGCGACAAGGAGGAGAUUGUAGAUGAGAUUUACGACAAGGUCGUGGACCUGACAGAAUAUGCCAAACGUCAGAGAUGGUGGAACCGCCUUUUCGGAAAAAACUCUGGCCCCUUAGCGGAGAAAUACUCCGUGGCAACACAGCUAGCCAUAGGGGGAGUGAGUGGAUGGUGUGCAGGAUAUCUCUUCCAGAAGGUUGGGAAAGUUGCUGCUACAUCUGUAGGCGGAGGUCUUCUGCUGUUGCAGAUAGCUAACAAUAGUGGCUAUAUCCAAGUUGACUGGAAGAGAGUAGAGAAGGAUGUCAACAAAGCUAAGAAGCAAUUAAAGAAGGGCACCAAUCAAGCAGUCCCAGAGAUAAACACAUUUUUUGAAAAGUCUCAAGUGUUUGUGAAGAAGAACAUCGUCGUCACAAGUGGUUUCAUUGGAGGAUUCCUGCUCGGCCUGGCGUCUUAGGGUCUGCCAAAUAUGAAGAACUAGUCUGUAUUCUAUUGAUGUCGAAAAAAAAAAAAAAAAAAAAAAAAAAAGCUAUAGGGAAACAUGAAAAAUCAUUGCUGGAGGGCUUUCGCUUCAAAAAUUAGCUUAUAGGGAUGUGUUUCUACGGUAGAAAUGGAGAGUAGAACAGACACUCCCAGUCAAAUCAACAUAGCCGGAUGGUCCGAGACAUUUUAUGUGUACGUUUACGGACUCACUAAGGUGAGGUUUUUGCGACAAUCGAGCAGUGGCGUGCUGGGUAGCAUGGAGAGGCGACUUUUGUCUCCUGUGUCCACAUCAACAGUUGCCAUGUUUUCUCCUGAAUUAGUCAAAUGACGCACACAGCUCAGUGUCCGUUCUACUCUUAUUCUAUUUCUAUGGUUUCUACGUUCGCUGCACAUCGUUUAGUCUGUA